AUGCGACGCUUUGCAACGAUGCACCGUUUUAUGAAUAAAAUCAAAGUGGCUAACGCGGUUGUGGAUUUGGAUGGUGAUGAAAUGACAAGGGUCAUUUGGAGGGAAAUUAAAGAAAAGCUAAUAUUACCUUACUUGGACAUCGAUAUAAAGUAUUAUGACCUCGGCUUGUCAAACCGCGACAGAACUGAUGAUAGAGUAACACUGGAAGCCGCUGAAGCAAUUAAGAAAUACAAUGUUGGAAUUAAGUGUGCAACAAUCACACCUGAUGAAGCUAGACUUAAAGAGUUCAAUUUAAAGAAGAUGUGGCCAAGUCCAAAUGGUACAUUACGAAAUGUUCUUGGCGGAACUGUUUUUCGUGAACCAAUUUUAUGUAAAAAUAUACCAAGACUUGUUCCUAGUUGGAAAGAAUCCAUCAUCAUUGGACGACAUGCAUUUGGUGAUCAGUAUAAAGCGACGGAUAUCAUCGUAAAAAAGGGUACGAACUUUCAACUCUGUGAAAUCGUUGACAGAAAAGAUAAGCGGUACGACGUAUUCACAUUCACUAAAAGCGGUGGUGUUAUCAUGGGAAUGUAUAACACCGAUGAGAGUAUCACUGAUUUCGCGCACUGCUGUUUCCAGUAUGCUAUAUCGAAGAAACUCCCACUUUAUCUGAGUACGAAGAAUACAAUAUUGAAAAAAUAUGACGGCCGUUUCAAGGAUAUUUUUAAAGAUGUUUACUUUAAGAAUUACGAAAACGAUUUCAAGAAACUAAAUAUAUGGUAUGAACAUCGAUUGAUCGAUGACAUGGUUGCUCAAGUGCUAAAAAGUGCUGGCGGUUUUGUAUGGGCAUGUAAAAAUUAUGAUGGUGAUGUACAAUCAGAUAUCAUUGCUCAAGGUUUUGGGUCGCUAGGUUUGAUGACUUCAGUACUGAUGUGCCCAGAUGGUAAAACAAUUGAAACAGAAGCAGCACAUGGUACGGUAACGCGGCAUUAUCGAGAGUACCAAAAAGGUAAUCCAACAUCAACAAAUCCAGUCGCAUCCAUAUUUGCUUGGUCAAGAGGAUUGGGUCAUCGCGGUAAGCUGGAUAACAAUAAUGAACUUCAGAAGUUUACACAUACGCUAGAAAAAGCAUGCAUUACAACAAUUGAAGAAGGGAAGAUGACAAAAGACUUGGCAAUUUGCAUACACGGAACACAAAAUGCAACACAAGCCAGUUAUCUGAAUACGCAAGAUUUCCUGCAUGCUGUCGAAAGCAAACUACAGUUCCUAAUGAAACAAAACUGA